AUGUCAUACCUUCAAAACCAGCUCAAAAACUUCAACACUCAGGUGAUGGAGUCAGCGAACCGCAUGCCUCAGCAGAGGCGCGUGGCGAACAACCAGCCUGCUCAACCCGCCUCCGCCAGCAGCUCACAGGUGCCAUCAUCCGUGCCGACUCCGUCAUCGUCUGUUGAUGUGAAGAAAAAGAGGCACGAUGUCGACAUCGUUUACUCUCAGCCGGCAAACACGGGCACGGGAAAGGAUAUCAUGACUCAAGUCCUUUUUGCGAUCGAGCACAUGAAGAGCAAAAGCGUACCGCUCAGACUUUCCGAUAUCAUUUCAUAUCUCUCCCUUCAAAACCGCCCGAAUGAACAAGCCUAUGUUCUCGCUCUAGCAAGAAUUCUGAAGUCACACGAGAAGGUGGAAUAUGACCCCAGCGGCGCCAACGGCGAAGGAACCUAUAGUUUCCGCCCUCCACACAACAUUCGCAACUCGGAGCAGCUUCUUCAGCAACUCCAGGCGCAGACCACCGCCGCCGGAAUGAAUGUGCGAGAGCUUCGGGAAGGUUGGCCCAACGUUGAGGAAGCUAUCAACCAGCUGGAGAAGGAGGGAAAAUUGCUUGUGACUCGAAACAAAAAGGACGAUCAUGCUAAGAUGAUUUGGGCGAACGACCCGUCGCUCAUCGAGCAUUUCGAUGAUGAGUUCAAGCAAAUUUGGGACAAGAUCAAGAUUCCCGACGCGCAGGCUGUCAAGGAGGAGCUGGAGAAGGCUGGAAUUACGCCUACGAACAAGAACAAGGUGACAAAACCUCGACCCAAGGCUGAGACGAAGAAGGUGAAGAAGCCUCGCCGCAGCGGAAAGACUACCAACACCCACAUGAUGGGUAUUCUGAGAGACUAUUCCCACCUGAAGCGGUAA